GGGACGUGCGUGCACUGGGGUGUAUGUACACCAAGAAGUGUACACCAUUUAUAGGUGUUUAUACAGUGAGUUUCCUUUAGUCCUGUGUUCAGGGCUAACUUGCCUUGUACUUGGUUGUGUACAAGUACAGAAGUAAACUUGUGUACUUGCUUGUUUAUCGGUAAACAGUUGUGGUGGCCUUAAUAACCUCUCCAGAGGUUGAUAGGCCUUAACCCCAACACCAACUUAGUGAAGGGUGUGUUGUGAUAAGUGACGAAAACAUCUAAACAUCAGUGUUACUGAAGAAAAAAUAAACAUGCGUUUGGGUAAAGUGAGUUAUAGAGAGACAAUGUUGACUAACAAUGACAUGUUAUCAGUGGACAAUUCUUGUGUGAUAGUGGCUCCGGAACUUUAAUUCCUCGUUUCUUGUCUGCCUUGAUGCUAAAAGUGCACAUUGUGGUUAUGACUGGACAAGUCUUGCUUUAUAAGAAUAUUUUAAUUACUUUGUUCUUGUCUAACAAGACCCUAAAGGUCACAUCUGUGGUGUAAGUGAAAAGUUAAGUUAGACAUCAAAACAGAAAAUGUCAUUACCGUGCGUGAUUUUGUUGACCUGCAAGUGUUCAGUGUUUUGUAAUAAAUACCAGACGACAACAAGCUGUUUCUGUUGUGGCAAAGUUAUUUACUUGUCGGCAGCUCCAACACUUCGUCCAGUGUUUCUUGUCUAGUGUUGAGUGUUUAAAACAUUUUGAAAUAUACGUGAAUGUUGCAUAAUAUAUCCUAAUUGAAAAUUACAAGUUUGUGUAUGGGAGUGUGUGGCAGGCAGUGUUGAGUGGACCAACACCUGCCCGGCCUCACUGGACGAGCUACCCCAGCGCCCUCGUCCUUCAAGUAAAGAGUGAACCAGAUUCUGGCUUCUGGCUCCUGAAUGUGUCUCGGAGAUCUGUGUGUUGAACUAAGGCUUGGUGGUACAAGAGUUAAGCUCGGGGUGCGGCUGGGGGCCCAUCAGAAAAGAUGUCAGAGGUGGAAGAAAAAGCGAGCAGCACAAGCGAGCGCCUACGUGAGGAAUACCGCAGGCAUGUGAAGACACAAAUCUCUCAUGACCUGGUUGACACAAUUGCCACACUAGAACAGCAUCAAGAGCACUUGCUGCAGCUGUGUGACCAACUCAAGCUUGCCAAGAAACAGGUGACAAAUAGUGCAUCAGAGACAAAAGCAACGAUCAACGCAGUGUUUGACAGUUUCAUUGCAGCUGUGAAUGAAAGUGUCAACUUGAGGCGUAGAAAACUCUUGGAUGAAGUGAAGGAGGUGGAAGAGGAGGCACGUGGACCCCUGGACCAGUGUGAAAAUGUUCUGGAGACUCGAGUCAGGGAAGCCGUGGAGAGAAUAGAGCAGGGUAAGAGACUACAGCAGCAUGGAGGUGUCAUGGCGAAGGACACCGUCAUUAGAUAUCAAGAGGAAGCAGCAGCCAUGACCAGUUUGCCAGAGGUACCAGCCUUGUGUGCUGUGCCAAGUGUCAGCGUCGAGUUCCCUGGUGAGCCGUCAUUGAUAGAAGAAGUUCAAGACCUGAUAGAUCAAGCCGGACGGGUUUCACGGAUGGGGCCGGUGCAGAUCACCAACAUAGUGGAACAGCCAGGUGCACUUCUUGUGUCUUGGGAGGAGGUUGACGAAGAUGUUUCUGACGAUGGGCUAGAAUUUUGUUUUGAGUGUAGCAACACAGGAGCCACUGACCACCAUACCGCAAUAUUCCACACAAAGUACGUAGGACCUGAUUACUCCUUUCUGCUACGUGACCUUAGGGCUGGAGAAUCAUACCUGCUGAGAGUGGCAUCACGGAGGGAAGGUUCCAAGAGCUUUGGGCCUUGGAGCUUAGUACAAUCUGCUGUAACAAACAUCCCUCAUUACAAAUGGAAGAGUGGAUGUUCUUCAGGAUGGAGCAUAGCAGACGAUGGGCGUCUGGCUUCCAAAGUAACAAGUGACUUAGAAGUCCUACACUCGGAUGGACCCUUAUUAAGAGCUGGCUCUUCUGUUUUAUUUAAGGUGGUGUGUGGAGGUGUAGGUUGCAGUGAUGAGGGUCUUGGUCUGUGCUGCCAGCCUGUGACUGGCCCAGAGCAGCUCCUCCUACCUGGUGCACUUUUCCUCAGCGCACAAGGUUGCGUGUUCUUGGAUGGAAUCAGUCGUGUAACACGAUUACCGGCAAUUCAGGACAAAUCGCAAGUCAGCUUUGCUGUGGAAAAGGUGUCAUCAACUAAGUUCAGAGUGUAUAUUGAGAGUCAGGAAAAACAGGUGACGUAUGAAUGGGGUGUUCCGAGUGCACAGGAAGGUUUGUACUUUGUUGCAACGUUUGGCGAGGCACGCUGGAAAAUUAGUGUCCAUUAGUUGGUAUCGAUCUUAUAAAAUCAAUACGUCUCAGUUAAGCUCAUUGAUGUCUCUAUAAUUUUU